ACAGAUAUGCUUAUCAGUAUUUUUAUUGUUCAAGAAGAUCAUUUCACAGAACCCAUUGGAUGGGAUUUUGGGAGAUAGAGGGACGCAUUUGUGAUCCUUAAAUGGCAUUCAACAAGUGUAGACUGUCUCAUUCUCUAUGUACCUGAUAUUCUCCAGAUAGGCUGCCAUCCUGUGUGUGUGUGUGUGUAACUGAUUGCUUGCCUAUGUGUGUGGGGGCUCUAUGCUGUCAGACUAUUAUAUUUUCAGCGGUUUUGAGCAUUUGUUUGAAUAAUUCAGACUUUGGGUCAAUGUAAUCUAUUAGUGCAGGAAUUAUUUUAAGAGGUUUGCUUUUAGUCAAUGUAUUAAGCCAAUGAGACUUAUAUUGCAUGGGGAGGGAGACUGGUCCAAAUAAUCCUCUGCCCAUGAUUUCAGUCUCUCUCUCUCUUUCUCUCCCAUCUGUGGCCCUGUCUUUGUCAUUUCUUUCUCUGAAAUGUAUACAACCAGUUAAUCACAUCAGCUAUGCGUUUCAGAGGUGGAGAAUGAGACGGAGAGGUGGGUUUUUUUUUGGAAAUCCCAUUCAUGGAAAUCCAAAGGUGCAGCGCAAUAAUGGGCCCAGUCUGCAAUAAAUAAAUAAAUAAAUAAACAUUGAUUUAACUCAUCCAGCAUAAAGCCUUAUCCUCUCAUACAGGAAAGCACAAUGAAACAUCAGCUCUAUAGAGUAGGGCUGCUUUAAAGCAGGUUAUCUCUCUCUCUCUUGCACUCUGUUCACUCUCAUCAAAACUAUUAAUUUACAAAAAUCAGCAAAUGUUUCCUUUAUGGAUCCAUACUCAUAAUGUCUCCGAAAUAAAAGGCCAACCAUUAUUGUUGUUAAAAGUGUUGCUGACAUAUUAACUUUGUUUUAAUCUCAGACUAUAGUUCAUUAUAAUGUGUGGGAUGUCGAGUCUGUCUUAUUUUACAGUGUGGAGGCCGUGGAAUAUGUCUAUGUUUAGUUUAUGCUGUUAAUGUGUGUUCAUGUGUAGCGUUUCGGGUAGGCUAGCUAGAGAUUGCAGCUUUAAAAAGCUCAGUAUAAUGAAUCUGGAUCUCAGAGGAAACUCUGCGAUAAAUAGAUUUCAUAUUUGUUUCAAACACAAAAGGCAGGAAAUGUCUAUAAAUGUUGCAGGAGCCAGAGGGGAGCUGCGUUUCUCCUUUUUAUUCCACUAUGGAUUGUGACUGCUGCAUGGUCCCUUUGCGUGUCUGUGUGUGCGGGUGUUAGAGUGUGUAUAUCUGUGUGUGUGUGUGUGUGUGUGUGUGUGUGUGGAGGGGGGUGUUGAUAGUGGUUCUAUAUAAACCAUUUGCUGCUGAGUGUAUUUGUUUCCAUGGUUACCCCCAUGCCAAUGUAGAUCACGUCAUCACCAGACCAGACCUCUGCAGCUAUUGUUUACUGAUCGUAGAGGAGAAGACUGAACGUGUGUUCGGCUUUAGAUACCUUCUCCACAGACCUUAAGACACUCAUGGAAGGAUAUUUAUUCGAAACCACUCAGUGACUCCUGUUGGUUGACUUGGCACGAAGUGUCCUCUGCUUGUAUCGCCAUCUGUAGCGCUCCAUACAGAGCUGCAUGAUUUGUAUUAGGUCCCAAGAGAGGUGUUUGUCACUGUCAUGUGAGCCUAACUUUGCUUUUUUAUACACUGUUUAAAGACAGGACGUUUUAGGAGCAGCAUGGCAGAAGCCCCUGUCGGAGAGGACGCACCCAAAGAGAAGGAGAGUGCCUCCCCACUUACCCACGAUUCCCUGACAGGUGUUGGGGUUGCUCUAUGGGAAAGAGUGUUGAAAGCAAGUGUUACCGCUGGUGCUUUCCUCCUGCUGUACACACUUUCUCAGCUCACAGGUUUGUGGGUCCUUUACAUACUGAAUGGAUACAGGGCUUUUCCAGCAGCACAUAAAGUUUUGGAUCUCCUUCAGUACCUUCUCUCCACCAGCGAUGCCUGUGAUCAACAGAUGGAGAUAUGGAGGGUGGAAAGCUUGUUGCCCCUCAUAGCCACACUCUUCUUAGGUGUAGUCAUCCUUGGUACUGGAACGCUGUUCUGCAUUAAAACCCUGGUGCCUGGCAACCCUUGCUUCCCUGAUGACCGUCGUCAGUCCAUGAGCAGGCAGCCCUCCUUUACAUAUUCAGAAUGGACAGAUGCUAAACAGGAGGAUUUCUACGAGCUGGAUGCUGUUCCUGAGACCCCUGUGUUUGACUGCUUUAUGGACAUGAAGACCGAAGCUGACCCUGUCACUCUCACUGUAAAACCUGUGGGCUUGCAGGAAAGGAGAGGUUCUAAUGUGUCUCUGACGUUGGACAUGUGCACCCCUGGUACUACAGAGCCCUAUGGAGCGCUGCUGUCCCCUAGAGAGCAGAGCACACAGGAAUACCUGCAGAACGCAUCCAACCUGCUCACCCCCGAGCAGCUGCAGAAGCGUGCACUGGACGAUGCUGCGCUGCAGGCUGAGUUCUAUGAAACACCAAUGAACUUCGUGGACCCUAAAGAAUACAGUUUUCCUGGCGUGGUGAGGAAGAAUCGCUACAAAACCAUACUACCAAACACACAUAGCAGAGUUUGCUUAAAAGCAAAAGAGGAAGGUGAUUUUCUCAGCACCUACAUCAACGCUAAUUAUUUGAAGGGCUAUGGAGGGAAAGAAAAGGCUUACAUUGCUACACAGGGUCCCACUGUAAACACAGUGGGGGAUUUCUGGAGGAUGGUUUGGCAGGAGCGCUGUCCCAUUAUUGUCAUGAUCACCAACAUUGAAGAAAAAAAUGAGAAAUGCACAGAAUACUGGCCAGAGGACAGUGUCAUCUGUGAAGAUAUCGAGAUCACUGUCAAACUGGUCAUCCAGGCAGAUGACUACAGUCUAAGGAUUUUCACUGUGAAGAGUGAGGGUGAGGAGCGCACUCUCAGACAGUACUGGUACACAUCCUGGCCAGAUCAGAAAACUCCAGACAAGGCCCCACCUCUUUUGGAUUUAGUUAGGGAGGUGGAGGAAGUGAGGAAACAGGCUCCGCCCAACAGUGGCCCUGUCAUUGUCCACUGCAGUGCAGGGAUUGGACGCACUGGCUGUUUCAUUGCUACCUCUAUCUUGUGCCAGCAGCUAAGCAAUGAAGGGGUGGUUGACAUCCUUAAGACUACUAGCCAGCUACGCUUGGACAGAGGCGGCAUGAUCCAGACAGCGGAGCAGUAUCAGUUUGUUCAUCAUGUACUCAGCCUGUACGAAAGACAGCUUCGAGAGACCUCAGAAGAGUAAAGCCUCCAUGAGCGCACAACCUUCACAUCACUCCUCACAGAGCAGUUGACCUUCAUCCAAACUGACCCUCAGUACCUCAAGUAUCAUGUCUUCAAACACUACAGAAGUUUUAGGAGCAGACCUAAUAUUAGAUUUUAGCUAUUAGAGUCCAAUCUCCAAAACCUAAAUCCCACCAAUCAGCUAUUAAAUAUACUUUCACUUUUUUCUUUACCAUAA